CGGGGCCUCUGUGCCAGUCAGUCAGCGAGGAGCCGCCGGCCGGGCAGCCACGAUGCCGAUGUACAAGGUGAGGCCCUUUCAUGGGGGGCCUGGCUCGGCGGCGGUCUUGGCUGAGCACCUUCCCGCCUGCAUGUACCGGGUUGGAAAUAUGCACCGUUUCCCCGAGGGCGGCUUCCCGUCAGCCGCCUCGCCGCCGCUGCUUCACGAGGUAGGAAGGAGGCGGCGGCCCAGAGGCGCCGCUCUCGGAAGCGGGCAGGGUCGGGGGGGGGCGGGCGAGGGCUCUCCUUCCUUGGCCUCCCUUCCUAGGCCGCGAGGUGCGGCUCCUCAGCCCGGCCUGGCCGUCUCGGGAGAGGCGCUGGCCAGCGCUUUCACUUUCCCAACCGGGGCUGAGGGAGGUUGUUGCGCCAAGGCCUGAGGCCGCCUCGGGUUGUACAUCCGGGCGGCUGACAGUCCAUACGUUUAAAUCUCAAUCCUUACAUUACACAAAGACACACACACACACACACACACACACACACACCACCACACACACCACACCACACCACACCACACCACACCACACCAGGAAUCCAGGGAAUUGUAGCUUACCCCCUCCCCUCUACAUUGUUGUGAACUGCCCUGAGAUCUAGAGAGAAAGGGUGGUAUAUAAAUUUAAUCAAUAGUAAUAAUAAUAAUAGGGACGCAGGUGGCGCUGUGGGUUAAACCACAGAGCCUAGGACUUGCCGAUCAGAAGGUGGGCGGUUCGAAUCCCUGCAACGGGGAGAGCUCCCCUUGCUAGGCCCCUGCUCCUGCCAACCUAGCAAUUCCAAAACACGUCAAAGUGCAAGUAGAUAAAUAGGUACCACUCCGGCAGGAAAGUAAACGACGUUUCCGUGCGCUGCUCUGGUUCGCCAGAAGCGGCUUAGUCAUGCUGGCCACAUGACCCGGAAGCGGUACGCUGGCUCCCUCGGGCAGUAAAGCGGGAUGAGCGCCGCAACCCCAGAGUCGGCCAUGACUGGACCUAAUGGUCAGGGGUCCCUUUACCUUUAAUAAUAAUAAUAAUAAUAUAUUAUCAAAUGUUUUUGUGUAUGCAGCUGAAGCGGUUAUAUGUGGUUGCUGUUCUUCCAGGAAUCUUGCAGGGCAGCACAAGUCAGGUGUUCCAAGUUCCUUCUUUCGGAAUAGCUUUAGGAUAGAGCUGCGCUUGACUAAAAGGUUAUUUGGGAGUAACUGUAUAUCCUACCUCCAUAUAUUGUUCAUGGUUGCACUUGGGUUAAAAGGCUUACUUACAUUUGUUUUACCUAUGCUAGUGGUGGAGGACACAACCAGCCCGCAGGCCUAAUAAGGCGUGCCUGGCCAUUGUACGCAAAACACACCCACCUGUCAGUUACCUGACAACUUAGGGAAUUUUACUUUGCAUUUACAGACCACUUGAUCACAAAUUUCUCUUAAGUGGUUUGCAUAAUAAAAAGGCCUAUGAUUGGAGGUCAGGGAUCUUUUGCUCUUCAGUCUUAGCACUGAGUAGCAUAGCACUAAGUUCGGAUAUAAGCCUCUUUCCCUGUUGUUUAAAGGCAGCAAGCGGUUUCAAAGCACGAAAACUCUGAAUCACUUAAUAUCUACUUGUCAAAAUGGCCUGUGGACAGUGGGCCAGAUCCAGUCCUACAUCUGUAUCCAGUUUCCCACCUGUAUUUCCCACCCUUGACCUGUAUUGAACCUUGAUAUAUUGGCAGAGCUCCCAUGUGCAUGUAUGCAUGAUGAUGGAUAAUACUAGCAUGGAGACUUGUAGAGUGUUAAAGCUACAGCGCAUGCUGAGGUACAUGGGAAAUAUCCAUCUGUUUUACACAAUAUUAAAACACCUGAGUGAUUACCAAUUGAACUUUACUUAGGAGGAAGUUGAUCCAGCUCUUCAGGCACUUGAAUCCCGCCAGGAGGAGAUCUUGAAACGCUUGUAUGAGUUGAAAGCUGCUGUGGAUGGACUUUCAAAGAUGAUCCAAACACCGGAUGCAGACUUUGAUGCAACAAACAUAAUCCAAGCAGAUGAACACAUUCCUUUAUCUGCUAGUGCUGCAGAGCUUGACAAUUUACUUGGGAAGGCAAGUUCAGAUUAACUUUCUCUACACCACAAUUCCUGUAUAUUUGACUUAACAAUUGUUGAAGUUUUUAUGAUGACUAAUGGAGUAAUUAGCAUUCAGGCCAACACUCAGAAUGACUUAUCACUAAAACAUAGCUGAAAUCCACAGAAGCACCUUAUGAUAGGUGGGAGGGGUACAGAAUUAUUUUAAAGCUAAGCUUUAAUGAGGUUAUUAGCAUUCAAACCAGCACUCAAAAUGAAUUCAGUGAGCAGGGUCUCAUUGUUUUAAAACUAAGCUUGAUAAUAGAUCUGAAAUAUUUCUUAAAGCCAAUCAGAAAUCAAGCAUUUAACAAUUCUGGAAACAAACAAAACCUCAGCUUAAUUCAGUGGCCUGGUUUCCACAUGACUUGAAGACAUGGUUUGUUUUGUUUAACUGGUUUCUUUGCCGGUCUGAACCCACCCCAGCCAACUAACUGGAUUGUGUCCAAUAAAGUAGAAUACGAAUCUGUAUUUUGAACCUGACGUAUGGCUGUCUUCUGUUAACAGUGGUUUCUUGUUAUGUCUGAGCCCACCAUCCUUGUUUAACCCUGGUUUCCAGCAGUUGCUUUGCUUGUCUAAGCUUUAUCGUGGUUGGUACAAAAACUCAAAACAAGUUGUCCCUCAGCAUUGUAUGCAAAUAUGGCAUCUGUUUCAAAGUAUCAACAAAAUAAUUUAAUAGUAACUGAAUCCAGCCAAAUGAUGAUAUAAGAUCUUGUGGGACUUGUUAAGAAAUUUGUGCCUGGUUCUUUGAUUGACACCUAAUGGGACAAAAUUGGCUUUAAAGUGCAGGUAAAAUGCUCCAUAACUUAAAAAUUGAUCUAGUAUCUUUUCUUACCUAUCAGUUUUGGUUUUGGUGCUUGCUGGUUGCAUAUUGCUUUGUUCGGGCAUUUUAUGGCCAUUAUGAUGGAUGUGGCUCAAGUUGUUAGUUACUGUGGAUUUUGUAUUUUAAUCUUUUUUUACUUAGCAGUUUUAUUGUAUGAUUUUUAAAUAUAUUGAGUGUUUUAAAAUAAAUGAGAGACUGGUAGAUUUGGGCUGGAAUGGAUUUCCUGUCGUUUUUUGUUGUUUCAGGAAUAGAGUUGUUUCCCAAAAGACACAUUGAUUGCACAAAUUUUGAAAGUAAACAUUUUUGGGAUGCUACUACUAAUCAUGGGAGACAGAAGCCUCCUUUUCCUCUAUGUAUUUUUUUAUUUUUAAAAGUGGAACAAGACUUCUCUUCAUGAGCCAGUGCAUAAAUAGACAUCCAGUAACUCUUCUAAAGGUCUGCGACUCUUUGUAGUUCUCAGCUGAACCAUUCAUCUGGUGGAUGUUAAAGGUCGGCUGCCAGUUGUAAAAGCCUUUAGUAGAACUUCAUUGGUUUUGUGUGUCUUGCAGUUAAUUAAUGAGGGUGUUUGUGUGUUGUGCUAAGCAAGAGUGGGAUGUGAAUCAAUGCAUGAAUGUCUCACUUGAACAACUUACUAAUGGCGACUUAUCUUCCUACAGGACUAUGGAGCUCUGAAGGAUAUUGUGAUCAAUGCAAACCCCGAUCACCCACCACUGUCAUUGUUAAUACUCCACGGCUUGCUGUGUGAGCGUUAUAAGAUACUAUCAGCUAUUCAUACACACUCAUCUGUGAAGAGUGUGCCAGAAAAUCUCCUGAAAUGCUUUGGUGAUCAGCCUAAGAAGCAAUCGCGUCAUGAGUAUCAGUUGGGAUUUACAUUAAUUUGGAAAGAUGGUAAGUCCAGCACAUUAGGAAAAGGGGCACAUUCAUUAACGUUAACAUGUUACGAGUAGCACACAAUUUCUUGAUGUCUAAUGACAAUAAAUGUGUAUGUGCAGCAGAUGGGCCAACCGCUGGCCAUGAAUAAAUUUGCAACUGGGAAGCUCAACAACUAGUUUGUCCACAACAUGGUCAUUCUUUAGACAACAGAAUACAUUGUUAGAAGAGCUGUAGUAGAUGAGUCACUUCUAGUGCCAAUAAUAAUUCACCUUUAAGCUUCUGUUCUCCUCCUGUAUGAUGCAGAAGGAUCUGAUAGGCACACUUAUGACAACAUCAAAUUAUGUCCACCCACCUGCACAAUGGGACUCCCUUCUCCCCCUUCCCAUGUCCCAAAUCUGUUCCGGGUGUCCCCCAAGCACCCACAUUUUGGAAGUGCACAGGGAACAGAAGAAGAAGAAGCCCUGUUGCAUGAGUUAACCUGCUACAUUGGACCUCACUUUUCAUUCAUGCAGGUUUAGGUCAAUAGCUGUACGUUGCAGGGAAGAUCAUUGAGUCUUUCAUUCUUUGCUCUUCAAAGGACUUCUGAGAAAUUUGAGUAACCUAGUUCCUAGGAAUGUAGUUUCAAAAAUAUUGCUAUGAAGCUUCUAUUAUAUAAUCUCUACAAGAAAACUAUAAUUGUCAAAUUAACUUUCAACUGAGGAAUUAUAAAGCAUUUUAAUAAUCCUAGUGUGUUUGCUAACUUGCUCUUAACUGUGCUCAAAUAAACUUAAGUUCCAUUGUUAGGCAGUUACUGGUUUUUAGCUACAAGAUGAAUUAAGCUUUCUGCUGUAGUUAAGAUGUUUCGUAUUUAGCUUAAGUAAAAUUUUCUGUUGUGAAAGCAGAAAAGGAGCAUAUAAUACUCAGUCUUCAGUGUUUCAAACAAUAAAACUAAGUUCUUCUGCUAUUAUGCUACCUUAACUGACAAAGCCAUUUUAAGUUAACGCUGGCCUAUGGUGGUGUAUUUGGAAGAAGAAACUGAAAAGUAACAGUACACAUUGCCUACUUUUUGAAGAAAGUGCAUAAUGCUAUAAUGUUGAAGCUGGAAAUGGCAGCAGAGUUAUCCCAAUUGCCAGGCUUGGAUUAGGAGGAAUCUGUUAGUAUGCCUGUUCCGUAAUCUCUCAUGGGGUCAUUUCCUAGCAGCUGUAAGUAAAAGGUAGCAUGGCUGACUAUAUGCAAAUAUUCUAUAAAAAAUCAGUAUCUUAUAUAGAAAAUCUGGCUAGCAAUUAAUGGCAUAAUGGGACUUGUUUAUAAUUGUGUUUAAUGGUUUGAAUGAAAUGUAUCUGUCUCUUCAAUGCGCUUGCUUUUCUUGUCUAAUGUUCUGUUGCGUUGUGUUUGUUUCAGUGCCAAAAUCCCAGAUGAAGUUCAGCGUACAAACCAUGUGUCCCAUUGAAGGAGAAGGAAAUAUUGCUAGGUUCUUGUUCUCCUUACUUGGUCAGAAGCACAAUGCGGUUACAGCAACUCUGAUAGACAGCUGGGUAGACACAGCCAUCUUCCAACUGCAAGAAGGGAGCAAUAAAGAAAAGGCAGCUGUUUUGCGAUCUAUGAAUGCCGCCCUCGGCAAGACAUCCUGGUUGGUGGGCAAUGAACUGACAGUAGCUGACGUCGUGGCCUGGUGUGCACUUCAGCAGACAGGGAGCACCAACGCUGUUCCAGCCAAUGUGCAGAAGUGGCUAAAAUCUUGUGAGAAUUUGGCACCUUUUAACUCUGUACUCAAGUUGCUAAAUUAAAUAUGUUCUAUAAAAAGGGACACAGUUGAAAUAUUUUCUAUAUUUACAUGUGUGCUGUGAGCCUGGGUUAUAUAAAGCCUGUGAAUGAAGUUUUAGAAGGCAACUGUCAAAGGUCUUAUGUCAAUAAAAUGCAUCACUUGCCCUUUGUGUA